AUGACAGGCACACUGGUGGAAACAAACUGGAUGCCCUGCAAAAGAAGUGAGACUGGCAGCCAGGAGCUUCCAGCCUUCUUAUGGGACAAGCAUACACUGACCUCUACCAUAUCUGAUCCUGCUUACCUGGUCAAAGUCCUCUUCUUCUUUACACUCCUGAUGACUCUGGUCACUCUACUUAUCCUAGUCUGGAAGGUAACCAAAGAUGAAGGCGGCAAGAACAGAGAACCAGACCAAAGAAAGGAGGCGACACUGCUGGCGUGA